AUGUAUCCUGGACCGCGCUUCGUGGCUUGUGACUGGGGCGCAGGCAGCGAGCGGGGCCAGGCGGAGCGGCGACGGCGCUGGGAGCGGAGAGGCUCCCGGUGGCUACCUGCCGCGGAACCCUCUAGACACGCAGGCAGUGGCGAACGGAGAGCUUCAUCUGAGUAUGUGAAGGACUUCUUCUUCCACUUUGUCUACCUGGUUAUCCAAGCUCUCCCUAUGGGAGGUGAAGGUGGCAGAGGGAGAAGGCAGCCACGCAAGGCAGGGUCAUUCACCAUGGAGGAGACCAUCACAGCAGACCCCUCUCUGAGCAGCUUGACUUCUGGAUAUAUGGACUAUGGGGAAGGUACUGAAUACAACUGCUCGAGGGUACCCAGGGCUCUGAUGGUGUUUGCUGCUGUGUGCAUGGGGAUUUCUGGCUGUGGCCUUGUGGGGAACGGUUUAGUUGUGUGGUUCCUGGGCUUCUAUAUGAAACAGAACCCUUUCACCACCUACAUCCUACAUCUAGCUGUUGCUGACUUCUCCCUGACUCUCCUGUUUUUUCUGCUCAUGUUGGCCACUUUGAGUUUCACCUUGCUUUGUUUGUAUAUUUUUUUCCCUUUCUACAAAGAUUUUGUAUUUGCAGUUAAAUUUCUGUGCCACUUCCUUGACCUCACCAGCCUGGGUCUCCUGACAGCCAUCAGUGUGGAGAGAUGUCUCUCUGUUUUGUUCCCAACCUGGUACCAGCGCCACCGCCCAAAGAACUGCUCAGGCAUUGUGUGUGGGGUGCUCUGGGCUCUCGCUGGACUUUUUGUUUCCUCCAUGUGGCUUAGCUCUACCUUUGCUGGAAGCUAUGAGAUGACAUUUGAUGGUGUAGACCUCACAAUUUCCAUCAUUUUAUCAUCAGUGAUGCUGGUUUCUGACCUGGCCCUGUCCAUCAAACUCCGAUGUGGCACACAGAGACGACACGCAGGGAAACUUUCUGUCACUGUCCUGCUCGAUGUGAUCUUCUUCUUGUUUGCCCUUUCUAUUCCUUUCAGUGUAGAGGUUUUUCAGAGUGUUCCCAUUUCACAUGAAUUAUUUCCAGAAAUUACAACUUCUCUGGUGGCUGUGCUGAGCUCCAGCACCUAUCCAGCCCUUUACUUUCUGCUGGGGAGCUGCCGGCAGCGUCGGAUCCAAUGCUCCGUCAGAGCUGCCUUCCAAAGGCUGUUUGAAGAGGAAGCCAUGAGUGAGGAGAGGAGCCAGGUGCCUGGGGAUGCUGUGGUGGAGACCAGUGUCUGA